AUGGACAGACAACCAUUCAUUGGAGUGAUUUGGGUACUUCACCAAGAGUUUUCCCAUCAAAAACAAUUUUCUUUAUCUCAAGUACAUGCUUUCAAGUCAAAAAUCUGUAAACAAUCUCUCGGGUUGGUGAGGUUUCAUCUGAUAUCAGAUAUCCUUUCAAGUACUUCAUCGAAAUUUGCUGAGAGAUUUUCUCAAGUCCACAACUAA